AGAGACAAUGCCGUUGGUGAGGUUCAAGAUACGGAACGAGCUAAGCUUAGGUGGGCCGGAGCUAAAUCGUAGCGCCGCCGUGGAAGAUGAGGAACCCAAGGCGAUUCUCGGCGCUGUUGAAGUUGCUGGACUCAUCGGCAUACUUCGUCAGUUAGGCGAUCUCGCCGAAUUUUCCGCAGAAGUAUUUAAUGGCAUACAAGAAGAAGUGACUGUUACAGCGUCUAGGUGUCAGAAAUUGACAAGCCGUGUUAGGCGGAUAGAGUCUGCGCUGUCACCUCUUGAAAAGGCUGUGCUCUCACAGACAAGCCACAUUCAUUUUGCAUACACAGCAGGCACUGAGUGGCAUCCUCGUAUAAGGAAUGGACAUAGUCAUUUUGUGCAGAGUGAUUUGCCACUGUGUGUUAUGGAAAGUUAUGAACAAUGCAGAGAUCCUCCUCCUUUGCAUCUGCUUGACAGAUUUGCUAUAGGUGGUCCUGGAUCGUGUCUGAGAAAAUACUCUGACCCAACAUUCUUUAGAAAGGAAUUAGGCAACCCCAAUAAAGCAGAUGAUAUCAAGGUCCAGAGAGAUCAGGCUCACCGCAAGAGAAAGAAAAAGAGGUUACCACAAAGAAACAUUUGCAGAUCAAAUGCUGUGUCUACAUCUGAUGAAACCAAUGGGGCUCAUCUCAGUUCUGUUACUGAUGACAGACAGACAACAUCUCAGAGUACUUCCACAGUUGACAUGCCACGUAGCUCUAAUAUGCAGGAUUUAUCUGAUAUUAUAGACCAAUCUCAACUGCAAGAUGCGCAAGAACAAAGUGAAGCACAAGUACAAUCAGAUUUCCAAGAUUCAUCGAAAGCUCGUGAUUCUAUAACUGGUUCAGGUUAUAUCGAGUAUGUCAUCAAUCAAAGUCCUGUUAAUGAGCCUGAAGUGAAGCUAGUAGAGGGUUAUCUGUCUGGUUCCGUACAACCUGCUGGUGGAAUAGGUUCAGUGGCUCCUGAAGGCUGCAUUGUUGUUGUAGAUGAUAAUAUCCUAUAUAACCCUUCAGAAGACCUACAUGGGUCUUGUGCCUCUGUUGUUCCUGAUAAGAAAAAAGAAACAUAUGAACCGAUGGAAGAGAAAAGCAGCAAAGUUGAACAAGUGUCAGAGAUACAUGAGUCAAAAUUUGGUCCAGAGACACCAGACAGGGUUAGGCAAAAUCAAAGGGACUUUGAUAGGACGCAUAUUUUGUUAGAUGAGGUAGAUAUUGUGCGAGAAAAAGAGAGUAAGAGUCAGGCCAACAAUAUUGAUGAAAUACUAGUAGUUGAGAGCGAAGAAGAAGAUAAGAGUGAACAAGGAAGUGAAGUAGAUGAGUUUGUGGAUGCACGUAAUACAAUCGAGUCGGAAUCGGACAGUGAUCUUGAUGGAGUACCAAAACCAAAACUGGAGCAUUAUUUUGGGGAUGUUAGUACUUAUUGUUCGGAAGAUGCUAACAGUGAUAACAAUGAUGGGUCAGAAGAAGAUAUACCAUAUGAACAAAUGGCACAUGAUCUACACCAUGAAAACCCUCUAGAUGAAUCUUGUUCAGGUUCCUGCCUUCCUAAUGAUGCUAAUGUUUCCUGUCGCCUUUCAGAUCCAGUGUGUGGGAAAAUUCAGUCUCAUGAUGAGACUUUUCAAAAGCCUUGGGAAUUUUUUGCCAUGUGCCCUUCAUUAUUGGCUGAAGAAGCCUUUCCCAAUAUAGCAGUUUUGCGAGAAGAACCUGUUGCUGAACAUCCCGUUUUGGCAGGAGACUCUUCUAAUGAAAUUUUUUCAUCUGAAGAUCCAACAUCCUUAUGUCAGUCACUGAAAGAUGCAAUUCCUGCUGAAAAGACACUGCCAGAAGAACAUUUGGCCAACUAUCCAUCUCUCGCAGAAGCUGUUAUCCAUGAAAAGAGCUCACCAGGAGAGUCUGUUGCCAAAUUUCCGUCUUUUACAGAAAGGAUGGAGCUUUCGAGUGAGGAUUGGCCGAGGACAGUUCGAGAUGUACCGGGAAUCCUCCCCCAAGAAAAAAUCUUGCCUGUAAAAUCUCUUCCCAAAACUCUGGCUGUGGCAGAAUCUGUGUCUGACACUAUGACCCAGUCAGGAGAACCUGACGCAGUUCAUCCAUCUUUUCCCAACGCUAUUCAAGAAAAGAAAAUUUCACCAGAAGUUAUUGAUUCGAAAAAUCUGUCUGUGCCAGAAGCUGAUUCACACGAAAAAAUCUCACUUGAAGAAUCUGUUGGCAUAUAUCCGUGUUUGGUAAAAUCUGUUCCAGAUGAAAGGUUCUUGACAGAAGAACUAGAAGAACCUGCCACCACAGAAGAACUUUUGGAAGGGGAUCUUUAUUUGGCAGAACUGCCUAAAGAAAAGGUCUUGCUAGAAACAUUUGUUGGUUCGACACGUCCAUCGUGUGCCAAAGCCGGUCCAGAAGCGAAUCCAUCAUCAGAAGUUCUUACUUCCACAAAUUUGUCUGUGACCGAAGCUGUUCCACAAGAGCAAAUCUCACUCGAAGAAUUUGUUGGCGUAAAUCCGUAUUUUGCAGAAGCUAUUCCUGAUGAAAGGUUCUCGCCAGAAGAACCUGUCACCACACAUCUGAAAAAAUCCGUGGCUAUUGAAAAGGUCUUGGCAGAAGAGCUUUUGGAAACAUAUCCUUCUUUGGAAGAAUUGCCUGAAGAAAAGAUUUCGCAUGAGGAAACUUAUGAUGCUACUGAUCCAUCUGAAGCUGUUAGUGAUGAAGAUAUCUCAUCAGAAGUUUCUAAUUCCACAAAUUUGUCACUGGAAGAAGUUGUUCCACAAGAGCAAAUCUCACUUGAUGAAUUUGUUGGCAGAAAUCCGUGUUUGGCAGAAGCUAUUCCUGAUGAAAGUUUUUUGCAAGAUGAACAUGUCACCACAUGCCUCUCUUUGACAAAAGUGGCAGCAAUUGAAGGAGUCUUGCCAGAAAAACCUUUGGAAACAUAUCUUUCCUUGGCAGAAUUGUCUAAAGAAAAGAUUUUGCAUGCGGAAACUAAUGAUGCCACACAUCCGUCUGAAGCUGUUCGUGAUGAAGAAAUUUCAUCAGAAGUUUCUGAUUCCACAAAUUUGUCCCUAGAAGAAGCUCUUCCACAAGAGCAAAUGUCACUUGAAGAAUUUGUGGGCAUAAAUCCGUGUUUGACAGAGAAUAUUCCUAAUGAAAGGUUAUGGCCUGAAGAACCUGUCACCCCAUAUCUCUUUUCGACAAAAGCUGCGGAAAUUAAAGGAAUCUUGCCAGAAAAACCUUUGGAAACGUAUCCUUCACUGGCAGAGUUGGCUGAAGAAAAGAUUUUUCAUAAAGAAGGUGAUGAUGCCACAUAUCCAUCUCUUUUUGAAGCUGUUAGUGAUGAACAAAUCUUACCAGAACCUCUUGAUUCCACAAAUUUGCUUGUGGCAGAAGCUGUACCACAAGAGCAAAUCUCAGUUGAAGAAUGUGUUGGCAGAGAUCCAUGUUUUACAGAAGCUAUUCUUGAUAAGAGGGUUUUGCCAGAGGAACCAGUAACCACAUGCAUGUCUUUAACAAAAGUGGUGCCCAUAGAAGAAGUCUUGCCAGAAGAAGCGUUAGAAACGUAUGCUUCUUUGGAACAAUUGCCUAAAAAUAAGACCUCACUAGAAAAAUCUGAUGAUACCAAACACCCAUCUUGUGCCAAAACUGAAAGUGAUGGAAACAUCGCACCAGAAGUUCUUGAUUCAACAAGUUUGUCUGUCGCAGAAGCUAUUCCACAAAUGCAAUGCUCUUUUGAAGAAUUAUAUGGCAUAGAUCCGUUUUUGGCAAAAGCUGUUACUGAUGAAAGGAUUUCGCCAGAAGAACCUAUCACGACAUGUCUGUCUUUAGCAAAUGCUGCGCCUAUCGAAAUAAUCCUUCCAGAAGAAGCUCCGGAGGUGUAUCCUUCUUUGGAAGAAUCGCAAGAAGAAGAAUUCGAUGAUGGCACACAUCCAUCAUUUUCUGAAGCUGUUGGUGAUGAAAAGAUCUCGCAACUAGAAGGUCCUGGUUCCACAUAUCCAUCUUUAGAAGAAUCUGUUCCGCGUGAGAAAACCUUACAUGAAGAACCUGUUAGCACAAAUCCGUUUUUGGCAGUAGCUGUUCCUGAUGAAAGGAUUUUGUCAGAAGAACCUGUCACCACAUGUCUGCCAAUGACAAAAGCCGCGCCUAUCGAAACAAUCUUUCCAGAAGAAUCUUUGGAAGUGUAUCCUUCUCUGGAAGAAUCGCAGGAAGAAAAGAUCUUGCAAGAAGAAGAACUUGAUGAUGACACACAUCCAUCAUUUUUUGAAGCUGUUGGUCAUGAAAAGAUCUCGUCACUAGAAGAUCCUGAUUCCACAUAUCCAUCUUUGGAAGAAUCUGUUCCGGACGAGAAAACCUCACAUGAAGAACUUGUAAGCACAAAUCCGUUUUUGGAAUUAGCCGUUCCCAACGAAAGGAGUUUUCUAGACGAACCUGGCCUCAUAUAUCAGUCGUUGGCAGAAGCUGUUUCCAAGGAAAAUAACUUGCCAGAGGAACCCUUGCCUACAUAUUCGUCUUUGGCAGAAGCUGUAUGCGAUGAAAAGAUCUCUCUAGAAGAACCUGAUGCUUCAUGUCCAACUUCUGCAGAAGCUGUUUUUGAUGAAAAUAUCUCAGGCUCAGAAGCUCCUGUUUCCAUGAUAGAAACUGGUCCACACAACAAAGUCUUCCCUGAAGAACCUUUUGCCAUGGAUAGUUCCUUGGCCGAAGCUGGUUUUCAUGAAAAGAUCCCAGACGCAGAAGCUCCUGGCUCCACAACAGAAACUGGUCCACACAACAAAACCUUCCCUGAAUUACAUGUUCCCGACGGCGAUAGUCUGCCAAAAGAACCUGUUGCUACAUAUCUGGCUUUGGCGGAAGGUAUUCCUGACCAAAAGGUAUUUUUGGACGAUGCCGCACUUCUACUAUUUGCAGAAGCUAUUUUCGACCAAAAGUUCUCACCAGAAGUUCCGGAUACCACUUAUCCCUCUUUGAAAGAACCAGAAAUGCAUGUUGCCGCACCAUCUUUGGUAACAGAUCUUCCUGCUAAAAACAUCUUGGUAAAAGAAGGUGAAGCGUAUGAUGAAUCCUACCCAGCAUCUGACGUUUCUAUGAAUCAGAAAACUGGUUUGACGGAAUCAGAAUCUGCUGAAAGAACAAUUCCCUUGAGUGGUGGUACAGUCACAAUUUCUUCAGAUACUCGGGAAUCUCUUUCAAAUGGUACAAAUGUUGAAUCAGUAAGUAUAUGGAGCAAUGGGGGACUCCUUGGACUUGCGCCAUUGAAACCUCCAGUUUUUGCUGAGCCUAAUUCGGUAAGCGAACAUUUACAGAACGAGAUCAACAAAGCUAGUGUUCUUUCUACAAGGAAGCAGGAAUCAGCAAGUAGAUCAGUUGAGAAUACUGAGAAAAGCUCACUUCCAUUAGUUGUUUCAGAUCCUGCAUCUCAACAGCACAGCAACAUGUUGAGUCCCUCUCACCUACAGAGCACUGGAACAUCAUUCAGAGUCUUUGGCUUAAGUCAUAGACUACUCAUGGCUGGGUUUCGUGGAAACUCUUCUUCGAGUUGCAAAUUUGAAUCCUUACCUAGUAGUAGCUAUAAUACCGGAGUAGCAGCUGAAAACAAGUCUCAACAAACUCGUGGUGACUCAAGCUAUGAGGAGCAAUUGGAUUAUGAAUCAUCUCUCUUUGGCUCGCCGACUUCAUCACCUCUGGUUGAACAUAUGAAAAUAUCAUUCAACCCAAAAGACGCCUCUCCAGUUCCCAAAUUGAAACUGAGAAUCCCAAGCCAACCUCAGUACAAUGGGGAAAAUGCAGAUAUGUUCCCUACGUUUCAGUUGGUUCCAGAGGCUAGCAACUCUGAUGACGACGACAACAGCGAUACCUUUUGCCAGUCAUCUCCAUGUGUGUCAGACAAUUGUUUGUCGGAUUCUGAGCUGUGGGAAUCUGAUGAAAGUCCUAAAAAAUCUAUAUCAAGCUUGAAGCACGUUGGAGAGAGAAGUAGGCAUGGCGACAUGGGUUCUUUCUCUGGUUCGUUUCUGGAUCUUCCAUGCUACGACGCCGUAGAUCAUCAAUCCACAUCUUCAAGACUCGAGCAAGAACCAGUGCCAGAUUACAAACCAUCUGUCUUAGAGAUCAUCCGUGAUUGGCCACCAAACCAACCAAAAAGCAGUCCCAGUAAUGAAGCAAACACAGUUCUGAAGAAUACGCAAGAUCAAUCUCCCGGGCUGUUAGCUACAGAUGACGGUGGUGAAAGAUAAAUCGGUGAUAGUGUCUUGAUGAACUUAAAAUCAAAGAAAUCUAACAAUUGAAUCUUUGUUGUACUUGUACAUUCCUCCUGUCAUUUCAAUUGUCUGAUUUCAUGUAAAAAAACAAAUCUUUUUAUAAAUCAGAAAUAUAAAUUUG